CUUCAGACGCGCUAUUGUUUUGUCCAUUCAUUUCAAUUGUUUUGUCAUUAAUUGUACUUUUAAUCACAAUUUACUCAUUAUUUAUAACUCAUAAUCCGUUUGAGAUUAACAGCACAUUAAUCCCAUUAAACUACACAUUAUUAUUGGACUCAUUAUUGAUUAAUAAUUGCUAUAUUUCUGAUGCAAUGCCUGACGAAGUGGUGAAGACGAAGAGUACCGCCGAAAGUGGCAACAAAUCCAAUACCGACCAGAAGUUGAAGCCUUGCUGUGCCUGUCCUGAGACAAAGAGACCCAGAGAUGAGUGUAUUAUCGAAAGGGGAGAAGAAAAUUGCAAAGAACUCAUUGAAGCGCAUAAGGAGUGUAUGAGAAGUCUUGGCUUCAAAAUAUAAACAAUUUGUUGUAUACGUUGUCAUUAAAACCUAGGAUUUUAUGUUUAA